UGUAGAGGCCAGGGCCAGGCAGGCUACGCGCAGCUCGCGGAGUUCGGCCGCCGGCUCCCUCGCGCUUCCCUUGUCCGCUGUCCGCUCAGUGAUCGUCGGGUGCGUCACGCGUGUCAGCGUGCGAAGGGCUAAUAGCAGAGCCGUCGCGGCUAUCCACCGUUGUCCCGUGCGUGCGGUCGUUCCGGCACGCCGCCUAAUCGGAGCGGAGCGGAGCGGAGCGGAGGAGCGUAGCGUGGCGUAGCGCGGCGCGAGCGCGACGCAGUGCAGCGAGGGAGCGUGCGUCGUCAAGUCUAGGGAGCACAGCCGGUGGUGAUCGCCACAGCCAGCGCGAUGGUCGUCAAGAUCUACGUAUCGGGUAUCAGCGGCAACAAGGAAGUGAAGAAAAGACAGCAACGUGUGAUGAUGAUUCUAGAUAGUAAAAAUGUAGAAUAUGAGGUCAUCGAUAUAACAGAGCCAGGCAAGGAAUUAGAGAAGGAAUUUAUGCAAGCCAACAGUAAUGCUAGGAACAACAAGUACCCAUUGCCACCACAGCUAUUCAACGAAGAUGAUUAUUGCGGUGAUUAUGAGGAUUUUGAUUUAUCAAACGAAAUGGACGAACUCGAAAAGUUUUUGAAAGUAACGCCGGCGGUCAGUACUGCGGAAAUCACUCUGGAUUCAAAAUCGAUUCAAGAGAAUGGAAAUACUUCAAGUCGAGAGCCUUCCGCAGACAAAGAAGCAAGUAUACUUUCCGACAGUUUACCAGAAAGGACAACUCCAGAACGCGAGACUAAAGCGUUAGAUGACUCUAAACCAACCGAAGUAGAUAGCGCGGCAAAAGUUAUCGCUAGCGAUGAAGGAGAAGAUAAUGGCGAUAAAAAUGAAGAGAAGUCCGACGAUCAAGAAAAAGAGGAAUAGAUACGAGAUAUACCCAUGUAAAGUUGGGAUAUUCCACACAAUGACAUCCUUCCUUUUCCACCCACAAACGUAUUUUGCAAAGCUACGUUUAUUACAUUACUAAGGCUGAAUGAAGGUACUGCCAAGAUAAUAUUCUGCAUUGCAGAAAGUCUGUUGAGUGAUCAGUAUAAAUGACGCAUGGGACAUUCUUUUAUAGAAUAUACUUUGUAUUUUUAGAUCAACGCGUCUUCACAGAAUGUUUUGCAACAGGUCUGAUUAAGUGAUAUGAGACAAUUUCUUUAUAUCGCUAUCUUUAUGUACAUCCUCACGUUUGUUUAUUAUUUUUGCAUUGUUUCGCACCGCACCAUACCUGAUACAUUAUAGCACAUCCGAUUGAAGUAUAUAUUUUUCUUUUACAUGUGCAACUUUCUCGUCAUUUUGUUGCCGCGUGCAAAGCGUACAAAAAUAAAUGUAGACUAUAGCAACACAUAUACACAGUAUCAUUUGAGAUAUACGAGGACAGGUACAUAGAUAAAUAUAUAGAAUUGAACUUUUUUUUUAAUUUUUAGAUAUAAUUAAUGUGUUACAGAAAAAAAUUUGAUAUUCGUAUUAUACUUUUAAUUGAACACAACAGUAUUAAAGAUAAGUUCGGCUUGUUAUAAAAAAAUUUUAUUUGGUCACUUUAUUUUUUGUGUUAAGAUAACCAGUCUUUCCAAAUAUGCUUUAAGAAAUCAUUGAUUUCUUAAGCUUAAUUGUAUAUUGAUUAGAACUAGUUAUUAGAAGGAGCAGAAUAAAAGGAGAGAUUUUUAGAUUUUUAUAACUGAAUUAUAAAUCUUUUUCAUAGCAUGAACUUCCAUUUUCUACUCAGGACAAAAUUACGCUGGUGCAUAUGACUCAUAUUGGCGUGACAUGAUUUCAUUGAUAUGUGUGUAUAUGACUCAUACUUAUUCAACAGUCUAUUCGGCCGUUAGAAUCUUUGUAUCUAUAUUCGACGAUUCAGUUUUUUUAAAAAGUUAUUUUUUAAAACAGAAAAAAUUGAUUUACACAAUGCUUGUAAAUUAUAUUGUAAUAAUAUUAAAAGUUCAAAACAAAAGUGAGAGAGAAUUGUUAACAACUGCUACUAUUGAAACAAAUUAAAUUUUUUUAAUAUAUAUAAUAUGAAAGAUAUUUAAUGUUGUACAAAGUGGUAGAGUAUAAAUUCAAAAAAGAAACUUGGUGUAUACAAUUCAGAUAUUCAAAUUAGUAAUCUAAAUAGUGGCAGUUGUAUCAAUCAGAAGGCCUAUAUAAAUUAUUGUAUUAUUUCUUUUAUUAUUUUUUAGUCAUGAUAUUUUAUUCUAAUAUGCUCAGCAAGAUUAAUAUCUUGCAUAAAUCUUUUAUUGCUUAUCCAUCGUUCCAAACAAUACUUCCAUCAUAAAAAAUUAAGCUUUACCCAGUAUUUGCUACAAGUUGCUUUGUUAUAAAUAAAUAAAUAAAUGAAAUAAAAAGUUAUUUUUGCUAUUAUAAUUCUAUUCUUCAAUAUGAUGCAUUGAAUAUAUUAUUAUCGCUCAUUAAAUAUUAUAUCGCUCAUAUUACAUAUAAUUUACUGCUACAAUCAAAGAGAGCAAUGGCAAAGUUUUAUUCAUGUUGACGUUUUUCUUCUUACAAAGAUGCGGGGGAGGGAACGGUAACAAUAAAGAUUGAAUAUUAAUGUUAAAAUAAAUUUUAACAUAUAUUGAAGAUAUAUAAUCUUUAGAUAUAGCCAUAUUUACAAAAAUAAUAUUCAUUAUACACACACAAGCAGACACACGUACAUGUAUAUACAUAUAUAUAUGUAUUAUAUAUAUAUAUGGAUCAACAGCGAUCAUUGUUACAUGCAUACAAGAAUUUACUAAUAAAUACAAUGAUUCAA